GAGAAAAGCUUCGGUUUCUGUAUAUAUCUCUUUUUAUUCCUCUUAUUUUGGUACUUAAAACCUCCUAUUUACGGAAAUGUCUGCUAAAGACGAAGGAGAAGCUGUCGUAGGAGAAAAGGAGGGUGAAACAGUUAAAGAAAAAAGUGAGGAGAAUAACGAAAACGAAGAUGUAAAAGAUGAAGAAGGUUCUGAGGAAAAAGGUGAACAGAAUGACGAGCAAAACGACGAAGUAAAUAUAGAAAAACAACAAGAAAAUACAAAUCCCGACGAGGUGAAAGAAGAGGAUGAUGAGGCACAGACAGCACUUCUGCCAAAAUCCGAUGAACCUAUAGAACAGACGGAAACUUCAGCUCAAACCGAUGGUAAAAUUACACCUGAUAAAGCAAGUGAAGUAACAAGUCAGUCGAAAGAGGCUGCAUCGAUGGCAACAGCGUCUGUCAGUGAACCUAAUUUAGUAGCGCCACCGGCUUCUCAGAUCGAUUUGUCGUCUUCUGCCGCCGAAGGAGGGACUAAGAAGCCUGUAGAAAGCCAUGAUAUCAAAGUGAAAUUUGUGAUAAUGCCAGAGGGUGAGAUCAUUAACAUGACUUGUAAUACCAAGCAGACUAUAUUAGACCUGAGGAAACAUUUAUCAUCAGAGGUUGGACAGCCAGCAGACAUAAUACUUAUGAUGCAUGAAGACAAAUUGCUGGAUGAUACUGGACUACUUUCUGACUUGGGUGCUCAACUUGGGCAGACAUUACAAAUAGAGCUGCAAUCUAGUGAUCCCAUCAACAACCCUCUACGAGUUAAGCCAGCUGCCAAGACGCCAACCAAAUUACCACCUGUCAUUAACGUAAAGGCUGAAAGUAAUGGUAAACCAGUAGAAAUCAAAGUACAUAUUGUCCAAGAAGACAGAAAAAAGCCAUUCAUUGGGGGCUACAAACAUAGGCUGACAGGCACAGAAUAUCAUAAUGCAACUGCUCAGACAGUACCUAAGAUAAGAGUUCCAUCACCAGUUGAAUGUUUCCAUCGAGACACCCAGACAUACAAAAUGAGGAACAGACUUCAACAGACAACAAAUACAACCUCUACACAGAUGACAAAGGAUGGUUGUUAUGUUUCUAAUAUUACAGACAAGGUUGUUAUCCCAGGAAAAUAUGAAACAGCAGAAGACUACCAUAAUAAGAGACUGGAAAAGGUGAUUAUCCUGCAGACAUACUGGAGAAGGUGGCUGGCAAUAAAAUAUGUACAGAACCUUAAAAGAGACCAACAUAUAAGGCAAGAAUGGGAAAGACAAGAAGAAAUAAGAAAACAAAAAGAAAAAGCCGAAAGAAUAAGAAAGGAAUGGGACAGAAGGUUAAAUCCUAAAACCAAAGAAGAUUUUGAUCUUUUGUACGCACAUCUGGAAAAAUGGCGCCUAGAAGAAAUUGAAAGGAUUGAACAGUUGUACUCUGGUCCAGAGCGCAAAGCUGCUUUAAUUGGCCUGGUUGAGCAAGAAGCCUAUCUUAUUGCAUCCAUUGACAGACACAAGAUUGCUGCAAGUAAUGAGAACAUGGACAAGAAAGUCAAGUCAUUUCUUGAUAAGGCUGCAGCACCUAAGAGAUGGAGAGCAUUUGAUGGCAAGAUCACAGAGAUGGACACACCCUACACUAUCCGAGCACAGGAACUAAGAGACAUUUACAAUACAUUGUGUAUGAAGUAUCUAACACAAGAUGAACGGCUGGAUGUACUCUUAACACUUAAACACACAGUAAAGGAGCAUGAUUGUAAGCUUACCCAUGAGAUCGUUGAGCUGAUUGAUAGAGAAGCUGAUCUAUUGAUGAGAGGAGUCAAAGAAAACAAUCUGGAAGGUCUCCGUAAGAGAAUCUCUACUUUGUUCUUACAAUACUGCAAGACACCACUGUUUAACCCUGAGGCUGCACGUUUGAUCAAGGUACCUCAAGAUCCAACUGUCCUGAGAAAAAAUAUUUACUUCUGUCCAAGCUGUAACCGGUAUCUCCCAUCAACUGAGUUUAAGUUGUCACUUACCUCCAGUGUCGUAGGGCGUUGCCGAAAGUGCAUUAAACUUGACAAUGAUGCUCGUCUGCGUCAGGACUUGUUACAAUACAAGAAUAUGUUGAGGGGGCUACGGCGUGUUGAAGAAGACUUUGAGGAUGGAUCUCAAAUCGCUUAUCUCAUCCAGGAACCAGACCUACGAUAUUUAGUUGAGAAUAUCUGGAAUUCCCAGAGUGCGUUGAGUGCACAUGAUGACUUGUUUGAUCUGGUUCUGGUUCGAUGGAAUAAACACGAGGAAUGGUCACCAUGGAACUGCAUUCUACUAACGAAAGAAGAGGCUAAAGCUCACAGCAAACUAGACAAUGUUACUGAGGCUUAUGGUCGCAUGUUUAUUGGAAAGAUUCUUCACAAGCAUUUAUUGGCCAGGAACUACUUCUCUAGACUUCCUGGAAUGGCUGAACGGAUGAAGAGUAAAAUAUCUCCACAGUCGGCCGGAGCGACUAAAGGACCCCAGACUGUGUACUGAUAUAAAUAUAUAUUCAUUAUUUGUAUAAAUAAUAUGCAAUAGAAUACACGCCGUGCCGUUCAUGGCAUUUUUAAUGUAAAUAGGUAUUUUGAAAAUAAAUUUCAUUUCCUUGUA